GCUAGGCAUCGUGGGUAAUUGCAUGGCGUUCUGGCGUGUUUUGCAAAGUUCCGUCAUUGUGUUUCCCUUUAAAAAUUAAAAAAUGCCGCGUUCAAAGAAAGUUGUAAGUGAAUUUAUGCAUUAGAAGUGAAGUAGACAUCGUAGCCUUUGAGUUCUAGCUGAAAUCCGCGUGCUUUACCUCUGUUUUGCAUGUAAAAUCGCUGACCGAAAAAAAAAUGAUAGUUUAAAAAUUGUCUUGAGAGAUUUGAGAUUUGCCAAUUGAUUUUUUGCCACUGUUUCAAUAGUCAAAAAAGGCCAUGGACGAAGAAGAGUUGUCCGGUAGCGACUUUGACGACGACGAGGAUCCUGAUAAAAUUGAAGUUCCAGGAGGUGGUAAAGACCUUGCAACAGUAGCUACAGCGGCCACCAUACAACUGAAACAAGAGAAAGAUGUGAAACCAGACGUCAAGAUGGGCCCAAUGGGGGCCAUGGGAAUGAACAGCAAAAUGAUGGCAGGUAUGCCAGGGGGGAUGAAUAUUCAUCCCAGUGCCUACGAUAUGAUGAGACAGCCUAUGGAGAUGGCUGCUUUUGGAAUGGGAGGCAAUCCUUAUGGAAACCCAUUUUUACAAAAUUUAUCCGCCAUGUUGUACAAUACAAACCCUAUGGCUCCAUGGGGAGGCCAGCUUAGUAACAAGGCUGUGCAACAAAUGUGGAUGAACCAAAUGGACAACAAACCAAUGCAUCAGCAACAAGAAGAAGAAGAAGUCGACGACGAAGAAUUAGGUGUAGCUGAAACCUAUGCCGAUUAUAUGCCUUCAAAAUUAAAAUUAGGCCGAAAACAUCCCGAUCCUGUAGUUGAAACUGCCUCUCUGUCAUCUGUAGCUCCUGUAGAUGUUUGGUACACUCUCACAAUUCCUGAAGACAUAAUUAAAUCUGGAGCCUUAUCUGCGUUACAAUUAGAAAGCAUAACAUAUACUUCACAAGCGCAUGAGCAUAUUUUGCCUGAUGGUAGUCGAGCUGGAUUUUUAAUAGGUGAUGGAGCCGGUGUAGGUAAAGGCCGUACCAUUGCUGGUAUUAUUUUCGAAAACUAUUUGAAAGGACGCAAAAGAGCCAUUUGGGUUUCGGUGUCCAAUGACCUGAAAUAUGAUGCAGAACGUGAUUUAAAGGAUAUUGGAGCUGGAAGAGUGGAAGUGCAUCCCCUAAAUAAGUUCAAAUAUGCAAAAAUAUCAUCAGCUGUAAAUAAUAAUGUGAAAAAAGGAGUCAUAUUUAGCACAUAUUCAGCACUCAUUGGAGAAAGCAAUUCAGCUGGGGGAAAAUAUAAAUCAAGACUAAAACAGCUGUUGCAAUGGUGUGGACAGGAUUUCGACGGUUUAAUUGUAUUUGACGAGUGUCACAGGGCUAAAAAUUUGUGUCCUGUUGGCUCAUCAAAACCCACAAAAACUGGUUUGACAGUAUUGGAAAUUCAAAAUAAACUACCCAAAGCCCGGGUCGUUUACGCCUCGGCCACAGGAGCUUCAGAGCCUCGUAAUAUGGCAUAUAUGGUACGUUUGGGAUUGUGGGGCGAAGGUACAACGUUUAAAGAAUUUGCCGAUUUUAUUUCGGCCGUGGAAAAACGUGGGGUUGGUGCUAUGGAAAUAGUUGCUAUGGAUAUGAAAUUAAGAGGAAUGUAUAUAGCCAGACAAUUGAGUUUCCAUGGAGUAGCAUUUAAAAUCGAAGAAGUACCCUUAUCAAAAGAAUUCGAAAAAGUAUAUGAUGCUAGUGUGAAAUUAUGGGUGGAGGCAAUGCAAAAGUUCCAUGAAGCCGCUGAAUUAGUGGACGCAGAAAACCGUAUGAGGAAAACUAUGUGGGGACAGUUUUGGUCUGCCCAUCAGAGAUUUUUCAAAUAUUUGUGUAUAGCAGCCAAGGUUCCUCAUGCAGUAGCGGUAGCUCACGAAGCUAUCAAAAUGGGAAAAUGCGUUGUUAUUGGUCUGCAAAGUACUGGGGAGGCUAGAACUUUGGAGCAAUUGGAACGAGAUGAUGGGGAAUUGACUGAUUUUGUUUCAACAGCCAAAGGUGUGUUCCAAACAUUGGUUGAAAAACACUUCCCAGCACCAGAUAGAAAUCGAAUACAAAAACUCCUAGGAAUUGGUUCAGGACAUGAAUCAAAAAAAUCUCUUAAUGGUAACUCAGCGGAGGGUAGCUCAGCCCAAAAACGGAAACCUAUGAGACAAGCAGCUCAGAGAGCAGUCAAAAGAAACAAGUGGUCCACAUCAGACAGUGAAAAUGAGGAAAAAAGCGACUCGGACUUCCAAAUGUCUGACAACGAAAGUGAAAUUUCUGAUGGUCAAAGCGAUUCGGCUCAGUCUAGUGACUUUAACCCAUUUAAUUCAGACAGCGACUCAGAUAAUGACCCAUGGAGCAGGAACAAGAAAAAAGGCAAAAAACAAAAAAAGUCGCCCAAAAAACGACAAUCCACUCAAGACAAACUCUCAUUAUUAUUAACCCAGAAAACGAAUAAAGCCAAAGCCAAUGGUGGUAACGAUACCAAAACCAAUGCGCCCCCAAUGGACGCUAUCGAAAGAGCUUGUAGCUUGAAGGAUGAACUUUUAGUGGCCAUAGAAAGGCUAGGAGAUAAAUUACCUCCUAACACAUUGGAUCAACUCAUAGACGAGCUGGGUGGACCUGAAAAUGUGGCUGAAAUGACAGGCAGGAAAGGUAGAGUAGUUCAAACGGAAGAUGGUGGUAUUCAGUAUGAAAGCCGAUCAGAAGUUGAUGUACCUUUAGAAACUUUGAAUUUGACUGAGAAACAGAGGUUUAUGGAUGGUGAGAAAGAUGUUGCUAUUAUUUCAGAGGCGGCAUCUAGCGGUAUUUCACUACAGAGCGAUCGUAGAGUAAAAAAUCAAAGAAGAAGAGUUCACAUAACCCUAGAAUUACCCUGGUCUGCGGACAGAGCUAUUCAACAAUUUGGUAGGACUCACAGAAGUAAUCAAGUCAACGCCCCAGAGUAUAUUUUCCUUAUUUCCGAUCUGGCUGGUGAAAGAAGAUUUGCUUCUAUAGUGGCUAAAAGGUUAGAAAGUUUAGGUGCCCUAACGCACGGUGACAGAAGAGCUACAGAAACCAGGGACUUGAGCCAGUUCAAUAUAGAUAACAAAUACGGCCGAGCCGCUUUGGAAGCCACUAUGAGAACCAUUAUGGGUUACGAGGCACCAAUAGUUCCUCCUCCUAAGGAUUAUAAGGGCGAUUUCUUUAAGGAUGUUGCUGGUGCCUUAAUUGGUGUUGGAUUGAUAGUGAAUAGUGAAAGUUCGCCGGGCGUCUUGUCUUUAGAUAAAGACUUCAAUAAUAUGUCAAAGUUCCUUAAUCGUAUACUUGGUAUGCCAGUAGAGUUACAAAAUAGGUUAUUCAAAUAUUUCACAGAUACACUCAACGCUAUAGUAACACAAGCCAAAAGAUCUGGACGUUUCGAUUUGGGUAUUUUAGAUUUAGGCGCAGGAGGAGAAGUAGUAAAACGGGUACGUCUCGUAACGUUUGUAAGAAAACACGCUACUGGAACGGCGCCCACAGAACUACAUACAGUCCACGUGGAACGUGGCAUGUCCUGGCCGGAAGCUUUGGACAAAUUCUCAGAGUUGACCAAUGAAAAGGAAGGUUUUUGGGUGUCGCAUCAAGUAAGAAAUGGAAAAACUACGUCCAUUCUGGCUGUGGCUGUUGAAGUUGGUAGCGGUAGCAACAAGAAGAAAAGCGAAAGCAAGAAGGAUCAAAUGUUUUCCGUUUAUAGACCCAAUACGGGGUUGCAGUUUAGACAGGAGAGUUUGGCAGAACUUGAGAAAAAGUACAAGAAGGUUGAGUCGGCAGAUGCAGAAAAAUCAUGGACGGAACAGUACGAUUCGUCAGUGAACACAUGCUCGCAUGCAUAUUGGAGAGGCAAUUGUAGAAAUGCCACAGCCGGGCACGAAUGUGAAGUUGGUUUACGCAGGCGUACAUAUCAUGUAGUAAGCGGAAGCGUUCUCUCUGUAUGGAGUAGGGUGGAAGGUGUUCUGGCCUCUAGGGGAGGUGUACAGAAUAAAAUGCAAGUGAUUAGAUUAAGGACAGAAGAGGAAUUGAAGAUUGUUGGUACGGUGAUUCCCAAAAACUGUGUAGAAGCACUAAUAGAAGCUCUCUCUUCUGACGCAGAAAAAACGGAAGAAAAGACUUUCUAAAAAAACACAUUUUAGAGACUGAUUUGGAAAUGAUGGAUUUUCGGUUCACUUUAUUUUUAAUAUUACUUUAAUUUAGUAACUGUUACAGGGCGAAAAAAGUAUUUUGUAUGCACCGUCUUACUACAAUUGUCGCAUUGAUUGUAAUAUAUUAGGAGAUUAGGAAUAGACAUUUUGAUAGUUUUUUUGAUGUGUGUGUAACUUUGAAACAAGAAAAAUUUCACCUACCUAGUUUGAAAUAAUUUUUUAUGAUGUAAUAAAAAAGACGCGGUAAGAUACACAGGGUGAUUAUUGAAAAAAAAAGUUUUUUUUCUAAGAAUAAUUCCAACCCAAAUUUCACAAAAUCCUUAAUUAUGGAUUUUUGAUGGAACCAUACAUUCAACAACACACAUAUUUUGUAUAGAAAUUAACACAACUAAAGAACGAAUAAUUUUCGUUCAAUAAUCUAAAAAAAAUCUGUGAAAAUAUUAGAAUUAUAAAUGUAUUUUAGAAGAUACCAAUAAUGUAAUAAUAAUUUAUACUAGACUUGAUAGGUGUAUUUUUUCUUUUAAGUAAAUAUAUCAUUGUUUAUUGUUUCUCUCUUAGGCAAAGUUUCCAUUAUUUUUUAAUUUUUUUUUUUUCGAAUAUUUUAUGGAAAUUUUCAUUUGUUAAAAGUUGCUUCAAUUGAAGGAAAAUAAUAUGUUGAUUCAAUCUUUUUAGAUUUUUUUCCUUUUUACCUUUGUUAAAUUAUUUCCUAAAUUUUUUAGCGACUUUAAAGUUUUUUUUAUGUAUUUUUUUUUUUUGUGUUUUGUUAUCACUACAAAUAUAAAAAAUAGUAUUAUCUAUAAAAAAAUAAAUGUAGUUUUAUUUGUCACUAUACAAGUUUCUUUGGAUACUAUAGGCCAAAAUAGAGAAUUUAGAAGGGGACAUUGAUCACUGAGAUUUUUUUGAGAAAUUCAUAUAUAUUUUAGUUUACAUUUGGUGGAAUAUCAUUCUUUUUUCUUCCUGGCUUGGUUUUCCAAAUGAGGUCGGAUAUUCUUGAUAAGAUAAUUAAUAUCUUCAUUAAAGCGUUGGGAGCAAUUAAACUGAACAGCGAUUUCCUGAAGACGUUCCAAACCAGUUUUCAUUUUUGUAAUUUGCUCCAUAAGAUAAGUAAAUUGGUCUUUGCCUGAAAUAAUAUAAAAAUUGCAAAAAUAGCUCGAUGUGGCAGAAAAUUACCUGGUGGAACCAAUUCUAAACGCUUUUCAGGGUAUUUUUCAAUUAACUGUUUGGCAUUUGGCUGUACAUCUGCGUUUAUAUCGCCAUGGCCUUCACUUUUCGGUCUUUCUUUGGCAACGUUCUUCAAUUCAUCUGCUUCAUUAUUGGUAAAACUCAAUCGUCUCAAGCUAGUUUCCUUGUCUUUGCCGGCCAUAGGAAUUAUAUUAAUAUCCUUUUGGUGUUUGCAUAUGACAUUACCCGAAUUGGUUUCAAUUUUGAAAGUUUUCUCAGUGUUCGGUUGAAUUUGGAGCGGUUUGUGGUGUUGCAAAGGUUUUCUGGCAAUUUUGCGCUGUUUCCCGUUAAGUUCCAUAUUCAUUUUAACUGAAUCGUCAAUAGAGUUUGUGUAGCAGAAAAUAACGGCACGAGAUUUUGUGUUAUUGUACUUCUUUUCGGAGGUGUCGAAUAUUCUGUGAAUGAGGCUGAAGAAAAUAUUUAUCUUUGUAAUGAUUUUCCGGAAUAAUUACCAUUUUACCUAUAGAUGCUCCGCAACAUUCUCUAUAGUUGAAAGUUCAUCAAUUUUUUUAUUGUCCCAUUAAAUUUUUCCCAAAAAAAAAUGAUAAAAAGACGUUUUGUUGAAUAUUUUUGAAGUUUGUCAAAAACUACUCGAACUAGUCGAACUUGAACGGAGCAACGGAAAAAGUUUGAAAAUGAUGACGUCAGCAGCAGAAAUUAGUUGGUUAACCUCAGCCGACUAGAGCCUUGCUGUGCUGGGGAUUUCGGAAAAAAGAAGACAAGAAUUUAAAUUU